UUGAGCUGACAGCUCCUCCGCCCUCGGCUCGGCAAAAGCCCCUAAAACCCACAAAAAAAACUAGCAGUUCUUCCAUUGUUGCUCUCUGCUAAACCUCCAUCGUUUGCCGCAAAACCCUAGCCAUGGAGGAAGAUGAAAAGGCUGGACCUCCCAAUAAGGAUUUGUACGCUCUACUCCACAUUUCUCCGGAAGCCUCCGACGAAGAAAUCCGUAAAGCUUACCGUCAAUGGGCCCAAGUCUACCAUCCUGAUAAAUAUCAAUCUCCUCAGAUGAAAGAUAUUGCCACAGAGAACUUUCAACGGAUCUGUGAAGCAUACGAAAUAUUAACCGAUGAGAAUAAAAGACAGAUAUAUGACAUCUAUGGCAUGGAAGGAUUGACUUCUGGUCUGGAACUUGGUCCAAAGCUGAAUAAAGCAGACGAGAUAAAGGAAGAGCUUGAAAGAUUGCGGAAAAGGAAGGAACAAGAAAAAAUUUCAGCACAUUUCAGACCUUCCGGUACCAUACUGGCUAAUAUGUCUUUGCCACAUUUUUUGAUGGGCGAUGGCAUCAUGAGAGGAAUGGCCAUGACAAGUGAAGUUCAGUCUCAGCUUUCAAAAAAUAAUACCGUUGGAAUAGGAGGAAAUUUGGCAGUUACUGGGAACUCUGGAGGUGGGGCUGCUACUGCAGUGUUUCGUCAUCAAUUCUCUUCAGUUUCUUCUGUAGAAUUUAUGGCUUCAGCUGGUUUGAGAUCACUUAUUGGGAUGCAAGCAUCCCGUCACCUUACAUUGCACUCAACGGCAACAAUGGGUAUUUCGAUGUCAUUGAAGGAUGGAUCAUUGAAUCUGUCCAAUGCUUGGACUCGCCAACUUUCCGAAACAGCAAAUGGAAAUAUACAACUUAUUUUAGGCCCAGAGUCAUCUGUCGCAGUUGGAUGGCAGAAGAAAGAAGAGAAAAUGUCUGCUGCGGGAGAGGUUAAGUUUGGCACAAGUUCUUUUGGGGCAUCAGCUCAUUAUACUCAUCGCUUCUCUCCAAAGUCUCAUGGCCGAAUUGCCGGGAGAGUUGGAAGCACGAUGCUUGAGCUUGAACUUGGUGGUGGGAGGAAAUUAUCCAAAUUCAGUACUGUUCGGAUGUUGUAUUCAAUUGGGAUUCAGGGCAUCUUUUGGAAGUUUGAGCUGCACCGUGGAGGUCAAAAAUUGAUUAUUCCAAUUCUGAUUUCCAGGCAUUUGAACCCUGUGUUUGCCGCUGGUGCAUUCCUAUUUCCCACUUCAGCCUACUUUUUGCUCAAGAAAUUUUUGGUAAAACCUUAUUACCAGAGAAGGGAAAAACAAAAGGCUUUAGAGAACAUGCAAAAAACUUCUGCUCAGGUGCGGGAAGCAAGAGCCGCAGCUGAGAAAGCUCAACAGCUACUGCAAAAUGUAGCCAACAGGAAAAGAAACAGGCAAUCUGAAAUUGGUAGACUUGUUAUUACUAAAGCAAUGUAUGGAAAUCAGAAGGCUUUGAAGAAAAGGGACGAAUCAAGCGAACCAAAUGAUGAAUCAUCUCUAAGCAUCAUAGAUGUGACUUUGCCUCUAAAUUUCUUGGUUAAUGAUUCCGGGCUGCUGAAGCUCCAUGAUGGGGUAAAGAAGUCGGGUAUCAUGGGCUUUUGUGACCCAUGCCCUGGAGAACCAAAACAGUUGUAUAUUGAGUACACUUAUGGUGGCAAAACUUUUGAGGUGGUUGUGGAUGAUUACGAGGAGUUGCUAAUACCAAAGCCAUCGCAGAGAAUCUAAUAUCAACAAUAAGAUUAUACACGCCUGGUUAAAUACCUCCAGCAAAUUUUCAUACUUCAUCUGCUCUAGGUAAUUCAUCUUGACUGCAUAAUUAUACCUUUAGAUGGUCGUAUUCAUUUUGUAAUAAAUUUUGUAUUUUAGAGGUUUCAAGUAAUGGUUGUUUUCUUUUCAUUGAGAAUUUUCUUCUAAUGGUAUAAUAAAAUCCAUUUUUCAAAGUCUUAUUUAUUCCAUUAAA